GCCAGUGCAUCCAAUCUGAGUUUGAGUAAAUGUAGGUGAUGCCCCUCAAGUCCUAUUCAUAUGUAUACCUUUUUCUCUUACAAAUCUUGCUAGUUGUUUCAUUCCCAUAUCACAGGAGUAUCCAUGGAGGCCAAAACCAGUGAAUAUGCUAACUGGACUUAAUGCUGGGGAUAUAAAUGAGAAUGCAGCAGUAGUUUGGUUCACUGAUGGAUCAAAUGAAAAUGUAGCCAAAGCAAAAGAUUGCUUGGAGGCAGUGGCACUGGAAUGCAAUGAAAAAUAUGAUGCAGACCCUCCAAUUCUAUUUUUCUAUACUAAUCCAAAAGAAGAGGAUGACAUCGUUCAAUCUCUCUGUUUGUUUGCCAGACUUCCUGCAAAAAUCCCUCUCCUUGCUCUUCUUGAUGUUCCUAGACAGAUGAAGUAUGUAUCGGAUGCAGACGUAAUUGAUAAAGGAGCAGUGCAGGAAAUGGUUAAAGGCUUCAGAGAACAGUCACUGGAAGGUCGACCUCUGAAAUAGUUGCCACAAAAAAAGUGUGAUUUUGACAAUAGUGUUUUUAGCUUUUUACUGUUUAUAAUGAGACUAUGCACCAUAAGUAAGACAUUAGGAUAAUAUGCACCUUUACUGAAAUUUUAAUUGAAGAAACCUUCUUUUAAGCUCUGUUCUAACAAGUUUUCUUUCUUCAUCAGCUCCUUCAAGCAUUGCUUUGUUUUCAUGAGCUCUCCUAAUCAAGUAUGGAAUAACAUCUUCCACUGGUCCAUAUGGCAUGUAUUUGUAUGGCGCAUAUCCGUAUUUACCUGUAAUGGGAAUUUUGAAUCACUAUCCACAAUACAUAUUUAUCUGUAAUGACAUACUAAACCAGCCAAGACACUAAUGCUAUUUCACACACAUUCAUACACAUUACUGCCUUAGACUGAGUAAUGCAACAUUUUUGUGUUAUCCUUAGGGAAUCAGCAUGCAAAACAAACCGAUACAUGGAAAUAACAAUAAAUUUGAUGGAAUUUGAGA